AUGGGAUGCUCAGGGGAAGAAGAGAAGCGAGACCGAGAGUUAAUCGGUUUUGGGACAGCUACUCCAACAUCCCGAAGAUACUCCCUGGAACUGUCUUCACUACCUCAGACGGAUGUCAGCCGCGAAUACAUGCUGAUGUUGCCGAGACAACCAAAAAUUGAUCCCAAGUCGUCUGCGCCAUUAUCAUCAUCCGAUGAGUGGAUUGAGCCGUUGGCGGUUCUAGUUUUCACCCUGGUCCUGGCAGCAGAUGCUAGCAUGUUUGCCAUCAAUCCUAUCUUCCAGGAUGCUCCAAUUCCUUUGGUACAUGCCCUGAGCGAUCGCCUGGUGGACAAGACCUUCAAGGAUGGUGAAGUGAUCCUCCAGGAUGGUGAAGUCUUCCAGACUGGGAAAAGCUUCGUGUAUUUCAUUGUGAAGGGUGAGGUGGAGAUCUGGAAGGAAGGCAACUUCAUCAUGUUGCUACAGCAGGGUGAAAAGUUCGGCGAACUCGCGGCGCUUCGAAAGCUGCCCUUCCGCCAGGCGACAGCUAAAGCAAAGGGGGCAGUGGCCUGCAGAGCGGAUAUGGGGGCUGCAAAUGCAGAUGCAGAUGCUGCCCUCUCAAGAACUUUGGAUGGAGCCUCCCUCAAAGCGCUCGUUCCGAAUGCCGGCCCUUUGAACUGCCGCGGAAAAUGGACUCUUGUCCUGGAGCAGGCUCUGGAUCGAAUAGAAGCAGGAGAUAAGACCUUGGAUCCACACGUGGUUCAUCAGACAGAGGAGUUUGUGACGAUUCAUGAUGGCUACCCAAAGGCGGCAGUACAUCUUCUUGUUUUACCUCGUGCACGUGUGGCAGCUCUGGAAAAGUUGACGCGUGAGCACCUGCCAAUGCUCAUGCGCUUGUCAUCGUAUGUGGCAUGGUUGCUGCAGCAGGUCGAGGGUAGACCUGGUGUUCCUGGAGUUGGAUGGAUCCACGGUGUUCACUCUGUUCCCUCACUCAAGCAGCUGCACGUGCACGUCAUGACGUUGGACUUGAACUCUCCAUGCAUGAAGAAUGCGAAGCACUUCAGCUCCUUUCUUCCACCUUUUCUAGUGUCGUUAGACAGUGUCAUCCGCGCUCUUCAAGAUGGUGUCUUCGCCGAUAGGUCUCUGAAGAAACUGGAAGAGGAUAUGAAGAAACGUUCUCUGUGCUGCCAUCGUUGUGGUGCAGACUUUGGCCGUGGCUUUGCUCAGUUGAAAAGGCCUGCGCACACUUGGAGGGAAGAUAGCGGCACAGACAUCUCCAGAACAGCUCAAGCAUUUGAGUGCUUGCGCCACGUCGCCAGAACCUUUUUGGCCUUCGCCGAGGACGUCAGAGCUGGAAGAUAAAAAUGGGGGUGGGAAGCUAUGGUUAAAAGAUGUUGAAAGUUAAAACAUGGUGAACGAUAUUUGCACAUGUAAACAAAGUUACUGGAAACUGCCGAUUUCUGGGCACUUCAAGCGUCCAAGAGACUGGAUGACUUCCAAAGCCAACCUUGAGAGGCUUUGGCUUGAGGAACCGGCCCCGCGAGGUUGCAAACGCACAAUCGAAGGAAGUUUGGUUGAGAGAUGUUGAGGGAGCAAAUGAGAGCAAGCAUUAUAGUAGUUAAAGGAAGUUGAUCAGGCAGUGAAGGCAGUUUUGAGUUUGGUACUCUGAGGCAAUGACGUACAUACCAUCGACCUCACAUAGCCGGUGCGAAA